AACAAUAGUUGCCUAUACGCACUUACUGCGGCUUGCAAGUCAGACGUCAAACAACUUUGACACAAGGGCGAAUCGCGUAGUUGUGAUAAAUAGUUUCCUCAAGAAUCAUCCAACUGGGCAGUUGUUUGUUUUGUAACAUAACCUCAAAAUGUAUUAAAGCAAAAUGAAAAUCGAAAUUCUUGUGGUUUUAUGCGUGAUCUGUGUGUAUGUGAGUGCUAAAGACUUCGUGGUUGGUACAAGAACUAACAAUUUGCUAAUAUCCACAGAAAAGGUCAUAGUAAAAGGCUAUCCGUUUAUAAAGAGAGAUAAGGACUACAUUUAUACCGACUCGAAGCAAAAGACCUUGAAAGGAAUAAUAGCGAGGGACCUAUCACGCACAGAUGGCGAGGUGUCGGUGAAGAGCGGCGGCGUGGGCGCCUCUAACGUGACGCUGCACUUGCAGAGCGAGAGGGGAGAGGGGCUGAAUUACCUCAUACUUAUAUUUAGUGAUAAUAAGUGAUGUAAUUUGACGCGAAUAUUCAUUCACGCCUUGUUUGAUGCUCUUCGUGUUUAUCUAAAAUUUUUAUUUUAAAUAAAUGUUAAUGUAAUUAUC